AGAGAAUAUUCGAAAAAAACGAAAGAUGGUUUCUGAAAGCAUGCAGCUCCCAAUCAUAGAUUUCUCCGAUCUCAAACGAGAAACACCAAAUUGGGAAUCCGUGAAAACCCAAGUGAGAGAAGCUCUCGAAGAGUACGGUUGCUUUGAGGCCAAAUACGACCAAAUUCCUCUCCAUCUUCGAAAAUCAAUAUUCGAUGUUUUGCAACAACUCUUUGAUCUCCCUCUGCAAAACAAACUACGUAAUAGGUCCAACAAACCCUACCAUGGUUACGUUGGACAAUAUGCAAUGGUUCCGUUGUACGAAAGCUUGGGAAUCGACGAUGUGCUCUCCCCUGGAAAUAUCGAAACAUUCACCAAUCUCAUGUGGUCCGAAGGAAAUCCCGCUUUUAGCCAAACUGUACAAUCAUUCUCGGAUCAAUUGUCCGAAUUGGACAAGAUUAUGAGGACAAUGGUAGUGGAGAGCCUCGGGCUCGAAAAGUACGUCGACGAACACAUAGAUUCGACGAAAUACCUUGUUCGAGUUCAAAAGUACGAUGGACCUCAAACCGACGAAACUAAGCUUGGAUUGUCUUCCCACACGGACAAGAACACGAUGACGAUAUUGUAUCAAAAUACGGUAAGUGGAUUAGAAGUUCUCACAAAAGAUGGACAAUGGAUCACUGCUCAGCCCUCACCCGAUUCUUUCAUUGUCAUGAUCGGUGAAUCUUUCCAUGCAUGGACGAAUGGUCGACUUUACCCUCCAUAUCACAGGGUAAUGAUGACCGGAGAAGAAGCAAGGUACUCGAUCGGACUAUUUUCAGUCCCGAAAUCGGGAUACAUAAUUAAAGCACCCGAAGAAUUGGUGGAUGAAGAGCACCCGUUACUCUUCAAGCCCUACGAUCAUGUUCAGUUUCUCGAUUUUUACUACACUCAAGCCGGUCAGACUUCUAAAAGCGCGCUAAAGGAAUAUUGUGGGGUCUAAUAAAUGAAAAAAAACCCUUCUAAAAUUCGAAUAAUUGAGCAUCUCCAGUUGUAAUAUUAUGUGUAUCUGUUUGUGUGUUUUUGUUUGUAUAUGUGUGCAUGAUGAGAUGCUGUUUUAAUUUAUAUGAAAGUACGCCGGAUUGAUGA